AUGGGCUCCUCAGAGACCGNNCCGCUCCCCCUGAUCGACAACUCCGACAUGGCCAGCGACGCCAAUGCCGCAUGGCCUGCCCAAAACUCAGAAGACAUGAUGCCCAGCAAUGGUCAUCAUUUUGAUGUCAUGCCCAUGGAUUUCGAGUUCGGCCCAACUGCCCAGCAGUUUGGAGCUUUGCCCGACUAUUCCACUGUCGAAGGUGGAUCGAUUGGAUAUGACUACAGCAGCAACAACAUCAGCAUGAACAGUAAUGGCAUGAUCCAUAACAACCACUUCGACGACAAUUUCGAGGAGGCUGUUAGCGCAAAGACACCUGGAUACCACGACUUUGAUGCCGGUACUGCAGAUUACCUCUCGUCUACCAUCCACAACCCACCAUCAGCCCACGACAAUCACACUUACCAGUCCUAUGGCGCUCAGACUCCUUUCCAAGCUUCUACCAACACUUACGAUGCAAAGACUCCCUACGUCGCUCCCACCCCUUACACCUCUCCUCAUCACUCAUCAUCAGGCUACGUGGGUGGUGAGGUUCCCGACCUCGACCUGAACCAGUCCGGCGCUCAGCCGUCUGAUGAUUUCGACCCUGGCCCGAGCCCUAUGGUAGAGACCUUUCCUACUUCGAGACCUUCCACUCCUCCACCAGAGUCAGGACCCACUAAGAAGACACCCACUCCUCGUAAGGCUAAGACCAAGGCAAAGGCAGCUAUCGCCAGCAAGGAAGGUGAAGACACUGAUGAAGGACGCUCGCUGCUCUCCAAUCGUAGCAAGGGCAAGGGCAAGGCGAAGGCAGUCAUGGUCGACGACGAAGAAGAGCUAGAGAACAUCAACGUCGAGACUCCUACUACAGGCUCUUCGAACAAGAGCAAGCGCCGUAAGNAGAGCAGCUGUUUCCAAGACCCCAAAGACUCCUACCACUACACCUUCCAAGAAGUCCAAAACAGGCACUGCUGCCAAAAAGNNUCGACCAAGAAGACCACCGCUGUUGAUCUGAGCACUAUGGGUCAUCAGCGCGUUCGCAAGGUAAGUUUGUCUCUAAAUUUUGGUCACAGAACAUGUACUGAACUAGCACUCAGGNCACCCAAGGAUGGUAUUGCCCAAGUCAAGCCCAUCCCUCAUUCCUUCGAGGAAUGCGACUUUGCCGAUCAAACCUUGAUUACUAUGCGCGAAGUAAGUGUUUUUGAUCUGGUUUGGUCAACCUCCAUUUCUAAUAAUGUUUUUAGUNCUGGUCACACAUGGGCCGAAUGCAAGGCUCGCUACGCCGAACUUGAGGGCGUCGUUCAUGGCAACAGCACCAUCCCCAACCGCUACGAACGCCUCAAGACUGCUUUCAUCAACAUGCGUGAGGAAGACAACCUCCGCCUCUUCAACAUCAAAAAGACACUCGAAGACGACUUCAACAGCAAGAAAUGGGCCUUGAUCGCUACCGAGAUCGUCAAGGACGGAGGCGCCGAGUACGAUCCUGACGAUUUGAGACGCCGCUUCAAGCAACUCAUGGAGAAGAGUGGUUUCCCUGUCAAAGAAGGCCUGGCCAAGGAAGAUGUUGAUUUCAAAAUCAAUGUUGAUGACGAGGGCGAGGAAGGGGAGCAAGAAUCUCCAGAGCCUCCACGCAAACAGCCACAGAUCACCUGGACGGGUGAUGAAGAUGAAGAGGAUGAUGCUAUGGGAGGAGGAGAGCAGGAAGACUACGAGGAUACUCUACAUGCUCAGCACAGUCGUCGUGAUUCGCGCGAGUCUGCUCAGAUGGACGUCGAUGAUGAUGAAGAUGAGGGAGGAGAUGAUCUUGCCUACUAG